CGAAGGUCUUAUGUCAACGAUAAUAAACCGCGUGGUAUGAUAUGCAUUUUUGUUCUCGCUGAUUGUUGAUUUGACACAUGGGAAAUUCUCAUGCUGCUAAAAAAUGCAUAUCCGAAGAAAGUACGUUUACCUUAAGAGUUCAGAGUGAUUAUUUCAGUCGCUGAAUAUCUUGAGACAGCAAAAAGAAACUACCUAGAAAACUAUGAACAUCCUGUCAAAAAACCGGCAUCUUUGGAGGAAUUCAAGCAACUCAGAACGUUGGGAACGGGCUCCUUUGGUCGAGUAAUGCUCGUGCAACAUAAAAAGUCUUCUGACUUCUUUGCAUUAAAAAUUCUUGACAAAGCAAAGAUUAUAAAACUUAAGCAAGUGCAACAUACACUCAACGAGAAGAGAAUACUACAAGCUGUUGAUUUCCCGUUCCUGAUUCGUCUUGAAUAUAGUUUCAAGAAUGAAGUUUACUUAUUUUUAGGGUUGGAAUAUGUUUCUGGGGGCGAAAUGUUUUCUUAUCUGAGGAGAAAGGGGAGAUUUAGUGAGUCUGCAGCGCGUUUCUAUGCUAGCCAAGUUAUAUUAGCUCUCGAGUAUUUACACUAUCUUGACUUAAUUUAUCGCGAUCUGAAACCGGAAAAUAUACUUUUGGAUCCAGCCGGAUAUAUAAAAAUUGCUGAUUUUGGAUUUGUUAAACACGUGAAAUAUCGGACGUACACAUUGUGCGGUACUCCUGAGUAUUUGGCUCCAGAAAUUAUUCAAAGUAAAGGUUAUACAAAAGCUGUCGACUGGUGGGCAGCUGGUGUUUUGAUUUAUGAAAUGGUUGCCGGUCAUCCACCGUUUUUUGCAGACGAACCAAUCGAAAUCUAUGAACGCAUUGUUAUCGGAAAAUUUAAAUUUCCUUCUCACUUCAGUUCAGAUUUGAAAGACCUCUUACGUAAUUUAAUUCAAUCUGAUUUAACACGACGAUUCGGUAAUUUGAGAAAUGGUGUACAGGAUAUUAAAUCGCAUAAAUGGUUUUCACAUUUGGAUUGGUUGAUGAUUUUCAAAAAAGAGGUUACAGCUCCUCUAAUACCCAACUGUAAAGGACCUGGUGAUGCAACAAAUUUCGAAAGAUACAGAGAAGAACCAUUGAAAAAAAGUAAAAUUAAUAAAUUCGAAGUAGAAUUUGCUGAUUUUUAAUGGAAUAAAGUAAAUUCAUCAAAUAAAAGUUAUUUUUCCACUGAAAAUUGAAAUUCUUUCGGUUGUUUUUUUUACCACAAAUUACCAUUAAAGUCUAAACUGAAUGAUAAACUUGAAGGAAUAGGCAAGUUCUUAACACAUUUGCUCACAUAAUUUUAAUUUUGUUUUCUACUAUAAACUGUUCACUGUUUUCUUGUUUCGUUGUUUGUUUAAUUGAGUUUUGCUCCAUUAUUUUUCGUAUAAAUAUGUCUUUGUUGAUUGUGUUUAUCUUGUUAUUUUUUAAUAUUUCCUAAUAAUUACUUAAUAAUAAUAAUAAUAAUAAUAACUUCUGAACAAUUUUCCAACACACUUUCAUACAAAUUGGAUGAACAUAAAACUCCAUAAAACCAAAAUUAGUACUUAUUCUUUCAAAUAUUUAUAAGGUAUUCAUACUGACAGAAUUUAUUAGCAACAAAAUAAUAUUAGUUCCCAUAAUUCCUAUAUCUGUAUUAAUACAUGAUCUUUAUAACGAAAUUGCAAAUUCCGCAAAAAUGUGUACAAUUUUGCCUCUCUUUUGAGUAUGUCCAUGUUUUCUAAGUUUUAAUCAAAUUAAAAUGAACAUUUAAUCGUUGGUAAUUGUUAACAGUUGCAUAUGAAGACAUUCAAUGCCUUAUCACUGUAUGUACGUUUUCAGCCUAUUACCUAUUUAACAAAAUUAUUGAAUAUUUAAUCAGGAUUAAUUGUAAAACAAUAUAAUAACUCAUUCAAACUAUUCAACCUAAAUUUGUUCUGCGUUUUCAAUUUUUGUAAACAAUAGCCUUCGAAAAAGAAUAAAGACGUAAAAGGCGGUGUAAGAAAGUUGGAAUUGCAUCAUAUCUAUCAUGAAUCAAUAGAAUAAAAGUUUAC